AUGGAGUUUGUCAACACAUUACCACUUUAUACGUAUUUCUUGGCACGCUGCACUUAUAAUAUCGCGCUCUACGCGGCUUUGGCUUUGGUUGGGCAAGCGGUGAGUGAGAAAAUCGAGAGACCGAACGCUGCGUCAGAACAGAAACUCUCUCUACAACGUUGCAGGAGCGGUCAGUUUCAGUUGAAGAGACAGUCGAAGUGCUUCUGCUAA